CAGACGCAAAUGUAACGGAUGUGCCGUUUGCUCUGUGUUCCAGCACUACCUCUCCCUUUCUCUCUCUCUCUCCCACACAAACAUCACAGAAGAGAGAGAAAGCAGAGAAAGAGAGAGAGAGAGAGGGAGGCUCAACCCACAAAAUCUUUCAUCAUCAUCAUCACAAGAUUCAUAACAAAUCAUUAAUUCCGGCAAGCCUGUCUGGGUUUAGAAUCUAUUUGUACUUCAACCAAUUCGAGGUUUGGUAUCUUACUUGGCUGAGAUUCAUAGCAAAUAUGAUACAAAUCUGAUAUUAAUCAAUCUCGAUAUCACCAUGGAUGGGAAUAUCUAGACACAUACCAGUUUGUUGAGUGCCAAAAAAAGGAACUGGCUAUCAAAGAAUUGAUUGUUUUCUCUCUCCAUUUUUUUAUAAAUGGGGAGAAUGUCCUCUGACAAUAUUACUGGACUUCUUUUAGCUAUGCUAUCAAGUAUUUUUAUUGGGUCAAGCUUUAUUGUCAAGAAGAAAGGUCUAAAAAAAGCUGGGGCUACUGGAACCAGAGCAGGUUCGGGAGGACACUCGUAUUUGUUAGAACCUUGGUGGUGGGCUGGGAUGAUAACUAUGAUUGUUGGAGAAGUAGCUAAUUUUGCUGCUUAUGCAUAUGCUCCUGCAAUUCUUGUGACUCCCCUUGGAGCUCUAAGUAUUAUUUUCAGUGCAGUGCUAGCUCAUUUCAUUCUAAAGGAGACAUUGCAUAUCUUUGGUGUGGUAGGGUGUGUUCUCUGCUUAGUGGGAUCUGUCACUAUUGUUCUUCAUGCUCCAAAAGAGAGGAAAAUUGAGUCUGUUAAGGAAGUAUGGGAACUAGCCACACAACCAGGUUUUAUUGUCUACGCUUGCAUAGUGUUGGCUUUGGUCCCCGUCCUCAUUUUCCGGUAUGUACCACGUUAUGGGCAGACCCAUAUGAUCGUAUAUAUUGGAAUAUGCUCACUCAUGGGCUCUCUCACGGUUAUGGGUGUGAAGGCAGUGGGAAUUGCUUUAAAGCUCACUUUUUCAGGAUUAAAUCAAUUUACCUACUUCCAGACAUGGUUUUUUACUGUGUUCGUGGUUUUUUGUUGUCUUCUUCAGGUGAACUAUUUGAACAAGGCACUAGACACAUUUAAUACUGCUGUUGUUUCUCCUGUCUACUAUGUCACGUUCACAACCCUCACCAUCCUAGCCAGUAUUAUCAUGUUUAAGGACUGGGACAAUCAAAGUGGAUCACAGAUUUCAACAGAAUUGAGUGGUUUCGUGACCAUUCUCUGCGGAGUUUUUCUUCUUCAUAAAACCAAGGAUAUGGGUGGUACUGGAGCCAGUUGAUCCCCUCUAUUCCGGCCAGGAGCCCUGAACGCGAACGCAAAUGCAGCUCCCAGACAGACACAUGUGUGAUACUUGAGCAGUAGUCAGUUGCAUCUUACAGGAAAAUAGUUAGGAAAAUCUAAAGAAGCAUGUAAAGGAAAGAGUGUUUCUAGACUACACAAAUAUGACUUAGCAAGAUGGAAAGGGAAAAAGAAAAAGGAAAGAAAGUCAUCUCAUGGAUGCUAAUAAUAUAUUAGAUUGGUUGAUGAUAAUGCAGGAGUAAUUCCAUAGUUAGCAUUAGGUUUUCUUCUCAUUCUUUUGGUCUUUUCUCAUGUUAUUGGAGAGCUUUUAAUAUUUUUUUUUAGAGAAACACAUUAUUUACGUAGUUUUCUAGAGAGAGGGGAAGAGGAACACCAAGCUUGUAUGCAAGAGUAGUGAUUUGGCUUUUGUGGUCAACUUUUGGUCAGGAGUUCGAGGGUUGGUAGAGAAAGAAGAGAAAACAAGAGACUUGAACUAACCGAAAUAAGUUUGAGAGAUGGACCAAGCAAGCUUUUACUUGAAGUCAUAUUUCCUCUUUUUUCAAAAU